CUGUCCCCAGAAUAUUUUAUGAAUCAUGGAAAUAUAGCAUUAGAUGGACAUUGGAACAUGUGUUGAAUGGAGGGUUAAGAUCAGGAGAUUAGAAACUUUCCUCCUGAUCUUAAAAUUGGGAGAUUUCGAUUCCGGAAACAUAAAAUUUAUCUAAAAAUAACAUACAAGUCACUAAUUUAUUUUCUCUUCCUCAGAGUUUGAAAGUGGCUAACGUCAUAAAUAUGAUGGAUUGGACAGUGCUGAGUAGGAGCACACAACACCAUCUUCUGUUAAUUACAGUACGCGCAAGUCAUCCAAUAAUUCUGAUGAGUGGAUCAAUUAUUCCAAUAACGUACGAUACUUUCCUCUCGAUAUUAAGAACAUCUUAUGCAGCUUAUAGUUUAUUGAAGACGAUAAAUGCCUAACUCUACCUAACAGCUGGUACGAAUAGAGUUUCUUGGCAAAAAUCAUCUGGGAAAACUUAUCAAUUAAAUAUUGUAUGAUGAACUUCAUUUCCCACUUUUAGCACAUGUAUUAUUUUUUAAAUUACUUUAGGGUCACAUCUAUUGCCGCUGCUAACACAUACCAAAAUCAGAUUGAACAACAAUCUCCAUAAAUUUUUAUCUUGUUGAAUGAUUCCAAAAAAAAGUUCUUUAAUUUUGUCACACAUUUACAAAAAUUCCUCUUAGUAUAACACUUGGGCAGUG